UGGCUGAGCUGAGUGGAUAAACAAGGCUGCAGAACCAAGGUGAAGUGUGUUCGGAUUGCACGCUUUUACUUGCGAAAAAAAUUCCGACGUGUUUCAGGUCAAAUCAACACUGCAGUUAAAACGAUGGAACGUUGGGUCAUAGGCCAAAUGGUGGUUGCCAUAGCUUUUAUUAGCAUCGUGGCAUACUUGUUAUUCAUCCAAUGGGUCAGAAAAGUUAAGUUUGGACAUGUGCCGUGUCCAAAAUUUAAAGGAAUAUCAAGUUUGAUACUUGGGCAUACAGCUGAGGUGGUACAAACAGUAAAAAAUGGAGGGAAAUUUCACAAUCUUUUGCAGAAUUGGUUGGAGACAUAUGGCAAUACUAUUGUUUUCCAUGCCUUUCACAAAGCAGCCAUCAUGACAGCAGAUCCCAGAGCAAUAAAGGACGUUUUUGUCAAUGGAGGUUUGCCACGAUGGCCUCAAUCAUUUCAGGCAUUGCUGUCUGUGUAUGGAGAAAGGUACAUAGGCAAGAGUGGCUUAGUGACCAUUGAACAUCAUGCAGAGUGGUCCAAAAUGAGAGCUCUCAUGAAUCCUGCAUUCCAGAGAGUGGCUCUCAUGAGUUUGAUAGACCAGUUCAAUCUUGCAGCAGAUUCACUCAUGGAAAAGUUAUCAGAGCUGGCUGAUGGGAAAACUAUGGUUGAUAUGAAUGACAUGUUUUGUAGGUUGACCCUUGAUGUGAUUGGAAAGGUUGCCUUUGACACGGAGAUAGAGUCUGUCCACAAUGACACUGUUCCUUUCCCGAAAGCAGUGAAAACAGUUCUGGAGGGCAUUGAGAAGAUGUUUACCGGUAUGAUGGAAGAGUACAAUAUAUUUCACUACUCCUACCAUCAAGAAGUUAGACAAGCAGUGAGACUUUUGCGAGAAGAAGGUAGAAAAUUCAUCGAGAAACGGAAGAUGGCCAUGUCUAAAGGAGAGCAUUCCCCAAAUGAUAUCCUCUCCUACAUUAUCAAAGCUUCUGAGUUGGAUCCUGAUCUUGAUAUAGAAGAUAUGUUGGACUUGGUAAUGGUGUUUUUCUUAGCAGGUCAUGAAACAACUGGAAAUACUCUGAGUUUUGCUCUUAGGGUCAUUGCAGAUCAUCCUGAUGUUAUGCAGAGACUGGAGGAAGAGGUAGAGUCUGCUGUUGGUCAAAAAGCAGCUGUGAGCUUUGAAGAUUUGAAAAACCUUAAGUACAUGGGGAAUGUCUUCAAAGAAAGCCUCAGACUCUAUCCUGUGGCUGGCCUCACAUUACGACAACUGAACAAAGACAUGAUGGUUGGAGACUACUUACUCCCAGCUGGAACUGGAAUUGGGGUUCAUGUGUAUAGUUGUGGAAGGAUGGCCCAAUUUCACCAAGAAGCAGAUAAAUUUAUACCUGACAGAUUUGAUCCAGAUUCUCCAAUGAAACCAAACGCAUACAGUUAUCUGCCAUUUUCAAUUGGCCCAAGAAACUGCAUUGGCCAAAAUUUUGCCAAGAUGGAAAUGAAGAUAAUUAUGGCCAAGUUUAUCCAGCGUUUCAAGUUUGAAGUAGACCGAAGCAGUCCAUUGGAGAUCCUGGAAGAAGCCACUUUGAAACCCAAAGGAGGAGUGUGGUGCACUCUUAAGCUUAGGGACUAAACCUGGAGAGAAGUGUACAUUCGUGUUCUUCCUGUUCAAGUUUAAUACAAAUAAAAGAAUGAAAAAUUAAAUCAUAUAUUGAUACUAACUUACAGUUGAGCUGUGGUGUUUUGUCUAUCUCAUAGACUUCUUCAGGGUACUGAACUAAUUGUCUCUGUCAUCAUGUGACAGGGACCUACUGUGUUUGCACAUUUGGUUUAUCAAAAGCUGUAUCUUUGAAAUGUUGAUUUUAUAACUUGUUAACUUUUAUUGUGAAAUUUAUGAUUUAUUUUUAUAAACUGUAAUACUCAUCAAACUAACUGGCUUCUAGGGUUUAUGUUAACUGAGACCUGUAGAAUCAGUGCUUUGGAUCAU